AUGCCCACCACCGGUCUCCUCUAUGUGACUAUGCAGCCCAAGGGCGAGCUGCCAGACACUCAGUUCCACGACUGGUACAACACUGAGCAUGGUCCUCUGCGCCUCCGUCUUCCCUUCAUUACCAAUGGAUUCCGCUUCCGGGCCACCGACGGCGAGGCCCCCGAGUACGUCGCGCUGUACGAUAUCACCGAUAUGGACGAAUUGACCCGCAAGACCUACCUGGAUCUCCGAACAGAUCUGAUCAAGACCGAGCGUGAGAAGAAGACCAUGGCUCAGAUCGAUGUCGGUCGCAAGCUGUACGAUCUGGUGGAGGAGCGGAGCCAGGACAACUACCGCGAGCUGGAGGACCGAGCCGAUACCGAUCCCGAGACCCGCGGCAGCGUCAUGAUCGCUGUCACUACCACCAUCCACCCCGACGCUGAAAAAGAGGCUGAGCACGACCGCUGGUACCGCGAAGAACACAUUGAUAUGCUUGCCCGCGUGCCAGGAUGGCGUCGCACUCGUCUUUUCCGCACCGCCUCCAUUGACUCGGCUGCCCCGCGUGAGACCCUUGCUCUGCACGAGUACUCCCCCGUCAACGGUCUGGGUGGUGAGGAGCACAAGGCUGCUAUGAACACCCCUUGGCGCCAGCGCCUCCAGGAUGAUGUCGUGGCCUCCAAGUCCCGCCGUACUUACCAGUGGUACUACACCUUUGGCCCUGCUCCCCGUGAGCUCUCCUCCCUUGCCAACUCGGAUGUUAUCGGACCCUGGUCCUCAAACGACGGUCGCACUCGCACUUUCCCCUCCACCACCCGCCCGGCUGUCGAGUCUUUUGUCACAACCAAGGACGGUGUUGAGAUCCCCUACCGCCUGGAGGGCAGCCUUGACCCCGAGGCCCCCGUCGUGGUCCUCAGCAACUCCAUUCUCGUCAACUGGAACAUCUGGGACCGCUUUGUCGAUGCUUUCUUCGCUCGCAAGGAGAACCAGAAGUACCGCCUCGUGCGCUACCUCACCCGUGGCCGUCUCUCCGCCAGCGGUGAGCAGCCUGUCAACAUUGACGUCCUUGCCUCCGACCUGAACACUCUCCUCGAGGCCCUCCGUGUCUCCCCCAAGGCAGCCCGUUUGAUCGGAGUCAGCUUGGGCGGUGUCACCGUUCUCAACACUUCUCUGCUCUUCCCUGAGCGCGUUGGUGCGUUCAUCGCCUGUGACACCAACUCCUCUGCCCCCGAGUCCAACCGCAAGGCCUGGAAUGAUCGUGUCGCCAUCUGCGAGCAAGAGGGAUCCGUGGACCCCGAGACUAAGGAGCCCAUUGUCGGCGAGCAGCUGGCUGAGGUCACCACCCGCCGCUGGUUUGUCCCCGAGUCUUACGAGACCCAGCCUGAGGUUCUGGCACCCGUCAAGGAGGCCGUGCGCACUAACAGCCUGAAGGGCUUUGCCCACAGUGUGCAGGCUCUGUGCUCUUACGACAUUCGCGACCGCAUGGCUAAGGCCACCGUUCCCGGUCUGUUUGUCGCCGGUGCCAACGAUGGUGUCCUGCCCCAGACCAUGCAAAAGAUGGCCGCCGAUCUGAACGGAGGUGCUGAGCUUAAGAUCAUCGACCGUGCUGGCCACCUGCCCAUGGUUGAGCAGCCCGAGGCCUUUGCCGAUGUUGUCACUGAGUACCUGAGCAAGAUCGAUGCUUAG